UGUGUCGGCAGAACUCGAGUAACCGAGUAACCUGCAGUGAUCACGCGGUUUUCGAGUGUGAAAUAAGUCAAAAUGUCGGCACAAAAAUAUAUAAUCGGUUUGGCCUUUUUGGUCGCUGCUUUGAUGGCUAUCAACACCGUACCAGCUAAUGGUGCCGUUAAUCAGUUGGCCACCAACAAAUCACAUCAUCUGGUUGUCGGCUACAGAGUGCCUGGUGACAAACUCGUACUCAGGCAAAAUAUUGUCAAGAACUCUUCCUGGAUGAAGGUCAUAAUUAUCGAGAAGACCUUCAAUAUUUCAACAUGGCAACGCAUCACUUUGGUUCAAUCGUUGGACCAGAAGACAAACGGCAACGGUGCUACUGCUAGUCUUUUGCAAGGUGGACCUGGCUUUAGCAAUGUUACCCUUAGGUACAAGAGCGUGAGAGGUCACAGCGUCAACCAUAUCCUUGAAAUCUACGCACGUUAAUUUUGGUGGAAGCAAUUAAUAUUACGAUUGGUAUGAUGAAUUUUGAACACACACAUAUAGGCUGAGAAGUAAAAUAAUUAAUUAUGAAGACUAUGCGUUAGCCUCAUAUAUGAACUAUUUAUUCUUACAACAUUGUUAUUAUUGCCGUUAAAAAUGUUUCUCUGCAUAUUCUUGUUAUUCAUUCUCUUCUUUAGUCUCUCUUCAAUCAUCUGAUGUUUUAUAUUCAUCAUCAAUAAAUAUCAAGCAUAAGUAA